AGCAGGGCCCGCUGCUCUCGGCUCCUGCCUGUUGUGGCCGGAGGCUAAGUCGCGCCAUGUCGCGGUGCGCCGGCAUCGCCGGACCUGCGGGGUGGGCACCGCGGCACCGAGCCCGGCCAGCCUAGCCGGGGUGCCUGCACUCACAGGGGCUGUCAGAACAGCAGCUGUCAGAGCGGUCAGAGAUGCUCGUUUUUCUAAACGGGAUGAGCUGCGAAGUGUAACUUGAGAUCAGUGAGAAGUGCCGUGUUUUUCGUACUUGUGUGGGAGUGCUUCAGUCUGUAUUGUUUCUUUAUCGUGAAGUCUCCACUGCAGGAAACGUGCGGUUAUUUGCAGUUGUAGACACCGAAAGUAAAGCUGUACCGCAGUCUGUGGUGUCCUGGGGUAAAUGACCACUUCUAGGCAGCACACUGGAUGUACAUUCUUUAGCUAGUUAAAAAAAAAAAAUAAAAAAAUAAAGGCGAAAAAAGUUAAAUGGCGAUCUGCACGGCUCCAGAGAAGGGAGAUUGGGGGGUUUCUUGUCAAAGGCUGUUCUGUUAGAAAUCGGAAAUAAUUCACAAAAUUCCUUUUUGAAGUGCUGCUUUGAUUUGAAGUCUAAAUUGUUACGCCUGCAGGACUGUACUGCAGCUGGAAGUUGUGCACAUAAGUGUUUCGUUGUUUUCUUAAAGAAAACUCGUUUUAAAAAGCAACAAAGCAGUACAUCUGCCUUCUACUUAGUGUAUUUGUUAUCUAAAACUUUGAGUUAGGUACCCAUGAUUCCUGUGUUUUCAGAUAUUCAACAGGUACUCUGAGCCUGAUGAGAAUCAGUUCAUAAACGGUCAUCUGAUUUAAAAGCCAGAUUAUAAAUGGGGCACAAGAGCACACACACGUGUAUAUAUAAUUGUAAAAUUCUGUACUGCGUUUCUAGUCUAAUGUUUGAGACUUCUCAUUUAUGUUAUCAGGCAGUUAAUUACAUGAGUAGUGACUAAGGGUAAAAUACACUAUUUUUUAAUAUUUAUAGUUAUGUUUUAUUAAUUUAUCAGCUGUGAAAAUGACCCUUAAGUUGUUUAAAUCUUGAUUUUUUUCCCUUUUAUGGAACAGAAAUGGAAGAAAAACAUCAAUUUUCAUGACUUCUAAGUUGGUUUUGGUAUCAAGUACUUCUUCAGCUCAUGAAUUACCCAAAAAUGUACAUUUUGCCAGCCAUUCUUGAGUGGAACAAAAGGAUUGAGCCUAACUGAACCUCGGGAGAGAAGAAUGCAGAAACCAGGGCUGAAUAACUUCCUUUAGGGAAUUUAAACAUCGGAGCACUAGAUUGUACUAUUUCACUCCAGCUGCAGUUUUCAGUUGCAGAUUGAAAUAUCAUGGACAGAAAAUAGUUUGGAUGAUGUGUUUUGCCAGCAUAUCUCUGCGAUUUCAGUUUUAACAAUGGAUAAGUGUAAGCACGUAGGACGUCUGCGACUGGCCCAAGAUCACUCCAUUCUCAAUCCUCAGAAAUGGCAUUGCAUGGUCUGCAAUACCACGGAAUCUGUGUGGGCGUGCCUCAGCUGCUCGCAUGUGGCGUGUGGAAGAUACAUUGAAGAACAUGCACUAAAGCACUUUCAGGAGAGCAGCCACCCAGUGGCAUUGGAAGUAAACGAGCUGUAUGUUUUCUGUUAUCUCUGCGACGAUUACGUUCUCAACGACAACGCGACCGGUGAUUUAAAACUCUUGCGGAGUACGUUGAGUGCAAUCAAGAGUCAAAACUAUGAGUGCACUACUCGAAGCGGGAGGACUUUGCGUUCCAUGGGUACAAGCGAUGAUUCCUACCUUGCACACGGUGGUGCCCAAGCCACGCUUCGGAAUGAAGACAGGAUGUUCACAGCCCUCUGGCACCGACGGCGUGCGGUCCUUGGCAAAGUGUUCAGAUCGUGGCUUGAGUUGACACCUACUGGAAAAAGGAUUUUGGAAGAAGAAAGACGUCAAGAAGAAGCAGAGCUAAAAAAGGACAAAGCUAGGAAGAGAAGACAAGAACGGAAGCGUGAGUUGAAAGCAGAGAUGGAAAAGUUGCCUCCUAGAAAGAGCAGACGUUUACAAAAUCAGAUUAGAAUGUACUCACAACCAGAACCCUGCCCUCAAAAAACAUCACAGAACAUAGAAUUUUUGGCAGAGUUGAAAGAAACAUAUACCUCAGAAGAACUGAGAUUGAAAAAAAUAAGUGACUCUCCAAUUAAACGAAGGCCUACAGUGACUCCUGGAGUAACAGGACUGAGGAACCUGGGAAACACAUGCUAUAUGAAUUCUGUCCUGCAGGUGUUAAGUCACUUACUUAUUUUUCGAGAAUGCUUUCUAAAGCUUGAUCUCAACCAAACUCAGGAACUGCUGGCAACAGCAACCAAUGGUAAAACAAGAUCUUCGUCUAAACACCUGACAAUAGCUGCCUCAACAUUACGCGUGAAUGAGAACCAAGAGAAAGUAAAGGGAUCAUACUCUGUGAGGCGGUCUAGUUUAUCCUCUGGAUUAAGUGGAGGAGCAUCAAAAAGUAUGGAACUUAUUCAGCCCAGAGAGCCCAGUUCAAAGCACAUUUCUCUCUGUCAUGAGUUGCAUACUCUAUUCCAGGUUAUGUGGUCUGGCAAAUGGGCACUGGUGUCUCCUUUUGCCAUGCUUCAUUCUGUGUGGAGGCUAAUUCCAGCCUUCAGAGGGUAUGCCCAACAAGAUGCUCAGGAAUUUCUCUGUGAACUUUUGGAUAAAGUACAGCAGGAACUGGAGACUACAGGGACCAGAUAUCCAGCUCUCAUCCCUGCUUCUCAAAGAAAACUUAUAAAGCAGGUUUUGAAUGUGGUUAACAACAUUUUUCAUGGACAGCUAUUAAGUCAGGUUACAUGUCUUGCCUGUGACAAUAAAUCAAAUACCGUAGAACCUUUCUGGGACUUGUCCCUGGAAUUUCCCGAGAGGUAUCACUGCAAUGGCAAGGAGAUGUCGUCUCAGUAUCCAUGUCUGCUGACAGAAAUGCUGGCCAAGUUUACAGAAACCGAAGCUUUGGAAGGAAAGAUAUAUGCAUGUGACCAGUGCAACACAAAACGAAGGAAGUUUUCUUCUAAACCAGUUAUACUCACAGAAGCUCAGAAGCAGCUUAUGGUGUGUCGACUACCUCAGGUUCUCAGAUUACACCUUAAACGGUUUAGGUGGUCAGGACGCAAUCACCGUGAGAAGAUUGGUGUACAUGUUAGUUUUGAUCAAAUGCUAAACAUGGAGCCUUAUUGCUGCAGGGAAUCCCUCAAGUCUCUCCUGCCUGACUGCUUCAUCUAUGACUUGUCCGCUGUGGUAAUGCAUCAUGGGAAAGGAUUUGGCUCAGGGCACUACACUGCCUACUGCUACAAUUCUGAAGGAGGAUUUUGGGUACACUGCAAUGAUUCAAAACUCAACAUGUGCACUAUGGAAGAAGUAUGCAAAGCUCAAGCCUACAUUUUGUUUUACAGCCAACGACUUACUCAGGCAAAUGGACAUGGUAGAGUCCUCUGUCCUAGCACAGCUGAAAGUCAGCAGCACACAGAAUUAGCUGGCUGUUCCAUGGACAACGGUAGCAGCUAAUCCAAAGCCAGUUAACUGUGUGUAUGGUAAAGGUUUAAAUUGUCAUAACUAUGUAUUUUUAAAAGGAAGUACAGUAUUGUACUUUUUCAAUGUUUAUAUAGUUUUGUAUUAGUUGAAGUACUCUUUACAAUGGUUAGCAAAAGUUUUUAUUGACAAUAAGUAACUUUCCAAGUACCUAGAAUUUCAAUACAGCUAUUUUUUUAAUGAAGAGAUUGCUAUGUGCAUUUAAAUUUACCUCAGGCUAUUUUUUUAAGCUGGUUUUGUAUUUUGAUAAUAUUUUUGAAUUGGUUUAGAAAAUUUACUUCAAUGGUCAACUGAUAUUUUUCUGGUUAAUUUUCUGUAUAUGCUUGUGUACAUUUUAUAGUAUAGUUCUAAUGAUACCGUGAUUCUUACUGUCUUGCAGGAAUUGCUACUAGGUCUUAGAAUAUUGACAUUCACCAGCAAGGAAUGUUAAAACAUGUCAGAUAGUAACUAAAUUUUUAGUAAGCAACUUUCUGUGAAAUUAUUUUGCAAGCUUGAAUGGCUAUACUAAAGAUACACUGAUAGAAUUUCUUAAAAUCUGAACUUGAGGAAAUAGAGCACAAAGUUAUUUUCAUGUGAGUAUGUAAGAGGGGUGUUUAAUAACACAAGAAUGUAUCUUUACCAAGACUUGCAUGUUUUAGCCUUAACAAACCUGACAAAAACUCAAGUGCCAAAUUCAAAGUAAUUUACCAACUAGGGGCUUUUUUAUUCCAGAAAUUUUAAAAGUUUUCUUAAACAAGUAAAAGCUUAAACAAGUAAAAACUCCCGAACAACAAAACCACACUCACUCACCCCACUGUCAUUGCUACAAGAACAUUAGCAUCCUUUUCUUGAAUUGGACCAGCUUAAUUUAAGCUCUAGCAAGCAUUGUCUGUCUUGGUCAUCUCUGAACAAACAGCUGAUGAAAAGCAGCUGCAGUGUUUGCAUGAAAGCAUUCUCAGUCUGGUUUCAUUACCCACAACUGCUGUACCUUGUACUACAUGGUCCUACCACUAGCAUUAACAGAACUGUGCAGUGAGGAGAAUCUAACAAGUGGGAAUUAUCAAUCCUCCACAUACAGUAGUUAAUGCCAAUUAAAUUUGAAUUGUGAAGUUGUUUUGCGUAAGUCCUAUGCAAAUUGUUACCUCAUCUUCUGCAAAGUUUAUACCUCAAUAAAAUGCCUUGAUAUGGACAGAAAA